AUGGCGGGCUCACAAGUCCCCAGCCGGCCAUGCAUGCGCUGCAAGGCACCAGAUGCCGCAUUUGAACUGCGCAAUGUUGCAACCUGCCAAUUCACCGUUCUCCAGCGGGAAACCAGAACUUCUACAAAGCCUGAGCCGCGGAGAUACGUCGCUGGCCUUUCCUUUGGACCAUCCUCUACUGUUCUCACCCAAAUUCUGGACAAGACGGCCAAAUAUCAUGCAUCAAGAAAGGGAUCAUCACCCUUUGAGCCCCUCGUGGUUCAUAUUGAUACAGAUCUUUCCAACCGCACAGACUCCCAAGAUACCCCCGCACAGAGACUUUUAGCCAAGUACCGCGAGAGAUUCCCCAACGUCUCGUUUGAGUGCAUACACUUGAGCAAGGUUCUCAGUGUCAAGACGAUUGACUGGACUGCACUACCGGUACCUGCGGGUGAAAGCGAUGCAGAGCGGCUACAGCUGUUCUUUUCCUCGCUGCCGUCAGUGACUUCGCGCGCUGAUAGUCUGAGACUGUUCAUUCGCCAUCUUCUCCUCGACGUGGCCGUGGAAAGAUCUCAUUCUGCCUUGCUGUUUGGCCACAGCACCACUGCGCUGGCCGCCCUGACCUUGUCCGAGGUGGCAAACGGCAGAGGCUUCGCUGUGCCUUGGCAGAUCAACGACGGACUCUUCACCGUCUGCACCUAUCGGCCGAGUGCAGAUCCGGCUAGUGCCGGUGAGGCAAGCCAAGAAGAUGCCAAGAUUCAGUUUCCCAUCUACUAUCCCCUGCGAGAGAUUCUAAAGGCCGAAGUCAUGACCUAUCUUGGCACGACGCCCUCUGUCCAGGAACUGGUCCCCUCUGCCGACGGAGCAGCGUCUAGCGUAGUUUCUCACAAGGACCAGAGCAUUGAAGAGGUCAUGGCUCGCUAUUUCGACGGCGUGGAGGGCCCUUACUCGGGCAUUGUGACCAAUGUCGUCCGCACGGCGGGUAAGCUGGACCGGCUGGUUACUUCGCACUAUUGUCGCUUAUGCGGCAUCACCCUGGACCAAGAGGGCGAUUCAACAUGGGCUGGCGAGCUGGGGGAUGACCUGGUACAAGACGCUGGGAGCGCUGAUACGGGGAAGCUGUGUUACGGAUGCAAGCGUUCCAUGGGUGGAUAG